AUGGCGGGCCACGCCAAGGAUGCUGGCUACGAGCCGGUUGCCGGGGUGGAUGCCAUCGACGGCAUGGAGCUCGAGCAAAGAGACAAAGGGGCGCGACGCUCUGGCGACGGCAAAGACCCAUUGGGCUACCGCAGCGUCUCCCACGAGGACGAUGCCGCUGCCGACGACGGCGCCGACGACGAGACACGGGGCUUUCUUGCAUCGGCAUCCGGUGGGGCCGGCGCCGGGCCAUCUGGAGCGACAUUUGUUCCGGCGAACGUCCACCAUCGAUCGGGCGACGAUGCACCGCCGAAGUGGCUGUCUCGGCGCACCGUCCGCGUGGUGGCCAUCUCGUUUGUGACGUGUCUGGCCGUGUGCGUCGGCUUCAAGUUUGUCGCCGACAACACGGGCUUGGUGCUGUCGCUGGCGCAUGCCCAGGAGGCGACCGGGGACGGCGGCAAGGACAGCAGCGGCAACGAGAACUGCCGCCCGACCACAGUGACUGUCCCGCAGUACUUCCAGACGACGCCGCAGCUGUUUGCGGGCCCUACCGCGACGGGGCGGCCGGCGUUUUUGGCGCAGACGGUGACCAUUGACCCGACAGCGACGUACGUGGCCAACCAGCCGCUGCAGACCAACAUUCUGGUCGACGGCGUGCCCUCGGACGGCAGCGGCCGGUCCAUCUUCCACCACAUGGGCUACCUGUCGCCCUACCAGCCCGCGCCCGGGUUUGGCGUGCAAGAGUAUGCGCUGCCGCCCGGCGCCGAGAUUGUGCAGCUGCAGAUGCUGUCGCGCCACGGCUCGCGCUACCCGACCAGCGGCGUCAACGUCAAGGCGCUGGGCGAGAAGCUGGCCAAGUUCCGGGGCAAGUUCAAAGCGACGGGGGCGCUGGCGUUCUUGGAGGACUGGGCGUACAGUCUGGGUCACGAGAUCCUGGUGCCCAAGGGCCGCCAGGAGCUGUUUGACUCGGGCGUGCUGCACUCGUACAUGUACGGCAGCCUAUACAACCCCAACAGCAAGAUCAUUGUGCGGACGACGACCCAGGACCGCAUGCUCAAGUCGGCCGAGAACUUUAUGGCGGGCUUCUUUGGUCUAGAGUGGACCAACAAUGCCACCAUCGAGGUCAUUAUCGAGCAGGACGGCUUCAACAACUCGCUCGCCGGCUACCUCAACUGCCCCAACUCGCAAAAGGACACGGGCGGCAACGAGGCCAACGCCAUCUGGGUCGAAAACUAUCUGCGCAACGCCACCGCACGCUUCCAGGCCCUGCUCUCCGGCGCCAACGGCUUUGACUGGACCAUCCAGGACACCUACGCCGCCCAGACCAUGUGUCCCUACGAGACGGUCGCCUAUGGCUUCAGCCGCUUCUGUGACCUGUUUACGUACGACGAGUGGGUCGGCUUUGGGUACUCGACCGACCUGGUGUUUGCCGGCGGCAGCGGCUUCCAGUCGGCCACGGGGCGGGCCGUCGGCAUUGGCUACCAGCAAGAGCUGGUCGCACGCCUGCGCAACCACACGCUGGGCUACGCCGGCUCGCAGAUCAACACCACCCUCGACAACAACACCGACACCUUCCCCCUCAACCAGAGCCUCUACCUCGACUUCUCGCACGACUCCAACAUGGUCAGCGUCUUGACCGCCCUGGGCUUCACCCAGUUCGCCCAGUUCCUGCCGCCGUCGUCCUACCCGGGCCCCCACAACUUCACUCUCGCGCACGUCGUGCCCUUUGGCGCGCGGCUCGACGUGGAGGUGAUCCGCGCACCGAAACCCGUCAAGGCCGACCGCAGCGGCUACGACGACGCCGGCCCCGAGACCAAGUACAUCCAUUUUGUGCUCAACCAGCGCACCCUGCCGCUGGGUGCCAGUUUCCCCGAGUGCGACGUGUCGCGCGUCGACGGGUGGUGCGAGCUCGAGACCUUCUUGCGCGUGCAGGACGCCAUGGCGGGCCGCGCCAAAUUCGACGAGGCCUGCUUCGGGCCCUUUACGGCGCAGCCGUACGGCACAAUCACGGACGGCGCCCCAAUCUAG